GCUCGCUGCGCACCAGCGCGGCCAAUGGACGCAUUACCUAUCGUCGUUGUGGACGGGGUCGAGGGUAUCGCGUAGUAGCGAGGCGCUUUUCUAUCAUGGCGAAUCCGAGGAAAUUCAGCGAGAAGAUCGCUUUGCACAACCAGAAACAAGCUGAAGAAACGGCGGCGUUCGAGCAGAUCAUGCGGGAAGUGAUGGGGGCAACCCGAAACAACCAUGGGCAAGACAAUAUGCAGGGUUAUGCAACUUCAUAUGACAGCUCUUACAUCCAGCAAGCUGCCAAUGGGGCAUACUCAAAGCACCAGCUCAGCAUCUCACCUUCCCUGGGUGCCUACCGGGGUGGCUCAUUGCCGAAUGUGAACCAGAUGAGUGGAGGGCCGGCCCACAGCAUCGACCUGCAGGGGGCGCUCAGUCACCUCGAGGACAUGCGCCAAGGCCGUGAGGCGGCUGCAGUGCUUCCUGACCGACCACAUGUGCGUGAACGGGGCCGUCAUGCCACUGCUCCUCACAAAGGCCGACAAAUGGCCUUUGACAAGCGUGUAUCCUUCUGGUUUGGUGCUCAGGCCGACGUGUCUCCAUACAGCUCGUCUCUCUACCUUUCCCCGCCACCUGACACCAGUUGGAGAAGGACCAACUCGGAUUCAGCACUGCACCAGAGCGCACAGACUCCUCAGGAAAAUUUUCCCGGAGUUGGGCCUGCUUGUGGGCAGCGCAGAGGUACCGACCCUGUCACAGCUCGGGAAUUGGACCAGAUGUACCGUGACUGUACUGCACGAGUUGAUGGCUUUGGGCAGGAGAUCAUGGGUAUACAGGAUAUGAACAGCAUGGCCAUGGAUGGAAUGAAUAUGAAAAGUUACUGGGACCCAAAGGGAGGAGGGGGAGGUGACUGCUAUGGGAACAGCCUUUCCAGUAUGGGAUGUGAAAUUUCAACCCAGCAACAGCAUCAGCAACAGCAGCACCGACCAAAAUCCUGUGAUGUCCCUGGAAUCAAUAUUUACCUGCCCCAGGAUGAGAGCAGUGAUGGCGUAGCAUUGGCAGCCGGCAGCCCCAGUGCAACAGUGGCAUCUCCUCAGGGGGCAGGGGGACCUAGCUCCGGAAACCUUCAGGCACCCCCCAUGGGCAACGGCAACACGGGAUCGCUUCCCGACCUGACCAGCCUGCACUUUCCGCCACCCCUGGCAACCCCACUCGACCCCUCGGAGGAGCUUGCUCACCAGCAGCAGGGAGCCAGCCCGGGGCCACCGUCUCUGCCGCCCAUGCACCCUGGCAAUGCAGGUUCCCCGGGCUCUCCACGUGGCUGCACGAGCCCAUCGGGGGGCCGACAUGCGAGCCCAGGCCCUGCGCCGUCACCGUCAUCGCGGCGCCGGGCGCACCAUAAUUCGACAAGCAUGGUGCUGGGCUCAGGAGGUCGCCUGCAUGGUCCCAGCGGGCAGCAGGCUGCCACGGUGGGGGCACCCUCCGGGCAAGUACGUGCACACUCCCCCCUGCACCGCCGACACCACCGACCCCACCCACCCCGGAUCACCGUUGAGGGCCUUACCAUGGACACGAACGCACUUUCCUUGGAUGGCUAUGGAGGUAGUUCUCAACAAGCCCAGCAGCAACAGCAUCAGCAACAGCAGCAGCAUCAGCAGCAACAGCAGCAGCAACAGCAUCAGCAACAGCAUCAGCAGCAUCAGCAGCAGCAACAACAGCAGCAGCAACAACAGCAUCAGCAGCAGCACCAGCACCAGCAGCAACACCAGCAGCACCAGCACCAGCAGCACCAGCAGCACCAGCAGCACCAGCAGCAGCAGCAGCAGCAGCGGCAGCUGGGCUACUACCCACCCCAUUCACCACAAGUUCUGGGCCAGAAUCCCGGCUCUCCUCUGGGUUAUCCCCCCUCAUCACCUACCCUAUCCCAAACGCCAGCCAGUCCUCGGCCGCGGCAGUUGUACCAAGGCGGUGCACCACCUUCCGAGCGGUCAGGCAGUGCCCCUGCAUCCCCAGUGUCUCAUGGUGCACCAUCUCCUGUGUCUUCUCCAAGUGCGGUGGGCAGUCCGUACGGCUCCGGUGGUUACCGGACAGGGUCUGCCCUAGGCAGCACGUCACCCUUGCAGCAGCAGAUGGAACAGUUCCGGGUUGCAGCCGGCAGCACUGAUGACUCUGCUUCACCCUCUGCCAUUGCAACGCAGAACCAAUACUUUGUGAUGCCUGACGGGAGGUACUGUAGCAACCCAAACAUCCCAACCAGUGCUUCCUCGGGGAGCGUGUUCUUCCCGGACAUGGGUCCAGGGUCGGGAAUGGCCGGGGAUGCCUUAAGCUGUUCCAUGCCUUACUCUCACGACUCACUAUAUUACACGGGUGACUUGCAGUACUCAGCAAAAACGGCUGCCAGUCCUUCGAGUGGAGCACCACAAACACCCCAGACACCUACCAGCAUCCCUGACAUCAUCCUAACAGGGCCUGGCACAGAUGAGGCAGCUCUGCUCAAAGGGGCCCUGCAGCAGGGCAAGGUGGAUGGCCAGUCUCUGGGCUCAUUUGACUCAGCUGACCUGUUCUCUGCUGAGGAGGCCCUCCGCGCAGGCCUUGACCCUAUCGACAUUGACGGCCUGCAGAUCCUGACCGAUCCUGACAUGGCGGUGAUCAGUGACCCUGCCGCUGAAGAAGCCUUCCGCCUCGACCGGUCGUAGUGGUCGCCACAGCUAUGGCCGCCCCAGGAAGAGGAAGAGUACGAGGAGGAAGAAGAAGUGCUUAGGGCGCCAGAGACUCCGCGGGCGCAGCCAGAUGCGGGGCGAGCCACGGCUAGCGAAGACCGCCACGAUUGAACCGAGGACACACACAGACCUUGCACUCCCUCCUUGCCUCCUGCGCUCUCCCUGUAUCUCUUAUUGUCAUGCUUGACUUGGGAUGUUCGUUCCGCUCUCCCCAUUUUUAUACCCAUGUUGGUAGCACCUUUGCGUGCUCUCACUUACAACCAGGGGUGAGCUUGUUUGUGGGGGAGGGAGAUCACCAACGAUGUGCAGAACAGUCCAAAGCAAGCCAACUGCUUAUGCUGAGCAUAUAAUGACUGUGUGCUAGGUAUAUGUUUCAUCUUGACAAAACCCAUUAUUGGUCAUGCUUUGACUGCUAUUGACCAGUGUACCAUCAGUUGGUGGACAAACUUCUGCGUUGGCAUCCCUGCGUGACUUGCAUGUUUGUGAUUUUAGAGGGCAUGGAGCACGUGAAAAGGUGAAUGCAGUGCUUUUGGUGCAGCAAGGUGAAUAGUGGGUCUCAGCAGUGUUCUGAAGGAAGAACGAAAGUCAUUUGCCCUCCUGUUUUUCUCCCGAGUGUCUUGCUGUUUGCGGAAAUCUUGGGAUCACAUGCAGUCCUGUCUACACGUCUGCAGACUGGGGAAACUGAUGAAAGUCUGGCAAGCACCCAUUUGGCCUGUGCAAUUGUGGGCAAGCUUUGCCUUCACAUUAGCCGAGAAAGUGCGGGUGGCACCACUUGGGCUAAUUGCACCUCAGAUGUCACUGUGAGAUUGCAAGAUGCAGCUUUCUUUCUUGUUUUUUUGCAAAUGCUGUAAAUAACAGCCGAGAUGGGGUGGCUGCUGUCUUGAGAGGCUGAUGGCCUAAUGCUAUGACCUCAUAGCAGCAGUUUGUGGCAUGUCAGUCCCGACUUUGUUGCAGCGAUUGCUGCUAACACUUUUCAAAGGCAGUGGAAAUUCCUGCUCGUGGUGCAUUGACGAAUGCAAGUGGCAUUAAUGCACCAAACUUGCAGCUUCGGUGCAAUGGUGAUACCCAGUAGUUGUGCCAGGCUUUCUUGUGCAGUUGUGGCAUUCCAAGCCCCAUUUUAUCAGCUUUCACUAAAGCGGGCAACAGCAGUCGGUAAGUGUGUGCCCAACUACCUUCGGACUGCGGCAGAGUCACCAGACAGCUCUCAUAGCACUUCAAGAUAUAAAGUUGUGUGUACAGUAUGAAUUUGUUUUAAAAGUUGCUUGUUUGUCCAUCCAUAAGCCUUAGCCCUGUGGCAGUGGCAGCAGGCCAAAUUGACGCUAGGCUGAUGUCUUUAGAGCCAUAUUGUUUGUUGUGUAAAUAUAUAUGACGUGAAGAGUUUAAGUCUCAGUACCUCUUUAUUUUUGUUGUUGUCAUGGUUUGGCGCGCAUGCAUGCCCAAAGCUAUCGCCCUUUUUUUGUAUACUGAAUAUUAAAUGGGGAGUCGGGAUUGAUAGAUCAUGUAAAAGAUUGAACUUUUUCAAAAUGGAAACAUUGCUACUUCACAGUACUUUCAUCCUCACCUUCAUCCGUGGUUCUCAUGUUAUAUACAGUACUUGAGCUGUAAUGUCAACUUGUAUAGCAUUUUCUUUUCUUCAUUUCCUUAAAAUGCAAAUUUCAGACCCAAAGUAACCUGUAAGAACGGUACCUUGACAUCAAUUUUUAGCUAAUACAAUAUAUAUUUCAUUCAGAAUGAAGCAUAAUAAGCCGAUCACAGUAUGUUGCUAGGGAAAUCCCUGAUAUAUAAUUCAUGGUUUUCCUCCUAUGGCAUUUCCUAGGAUCAUACUGUAUUUAUGGUAGGACUACUGAGCACCAGUGUGGUAAAGAAUCAAAAUGUUUUGAUCUGAUAAGUGCUUCCAACAUCAUGUUUCUAAUACAGUUAACUUCCGUUAAUACGGCCCUGACGGGACUGACAAAAUUGAUCGACUUAUUCGGCGGGUUGAAUUAAAGAAGAUGCAAAAAGAACUGUCAAAACACACCAUUGAUUCAUUUGGCAGUAUUUGCACGAUGCUAACACGCCCCCGACUCAAACGUGCACCCGGUUUCUAUGUGUCCAAAGUAUAAAUAUAAUGUUGAGAACAUUAAAGCUCAUAAACAAAUCUAGCACGUGCAAUCAGUACAAAUCUAACACGGGCCCAAUCUUUUAGCAAGGAAAAUGAGAAAGGAUCUAAUAUGUGUUGCACAGUGGCAACCAGUACUCCAAAGUCAGCUUCGCCGCAAUGCAGUGUGUGUGGAAAAGCAUACAAAGGCCGCAAACACUAAUUUUGGUCGUAUUUUCGCAGGCAAAAAAAGGGUGCUUGUUAGAAUUGGGUAAUUAUCGUAAUUAGCCAUUGUGAGCUGCUGUUAUUGCUUGGAAAUCUUCCUAAGGCAGGCCGAAAAUAGGCGUUUUUGACGGGAGAUGGGGUGUGCUCAAAGCAUUCACUGUUAGCUAACCUGAGACAGAUGCUGCUAGUAAAGGAGUCGCAUUUGGGGGCACCAAAGGGGCCAGGCGCAUGCAUGCUGAAUGGGCAAGUUCAAAUUAUUCAUAGAAGACCAAUUUUAGGAUCGAAAUAACAAUAGUUUGGCUCAUAGAAAUGUAUGGGUGUUGGCUGGGAUCUUCGAUCGGGAUCAGGUUAAGCAAAAAAUUGACUUAACUGGAGUCGAAUUCUUGGAAGCUUACUGGGUCGUUUCCAUGUGAAACGUCCCAGACCCAAAAGUGACCAUCAUUGAUUUUCUUGAAGAAAUUUGGCUACAUGGCUAUUGUGUGAAUAAGGUUUCACCAAAGUAUUUUCAUCAAGAAAAAUUUUUUUUGAUCACAUGAGUGCUCUUUGAAAUUUCCAGAAAGAUGCAAAAGUUGGUUGAAGGUACUUUUUUUUUUAUUCAGGUCUGAAACUAGGUGCAAUAACAAAUUUUAUUUUAGAGCAUUGUAUUGGCAUCCUUCUUUCAUGACGUCAUAAUUGAAUGCAUUUUAGAAUUUCCCGUGUUUAUUUGGCUCAGUAAAAAAGCAAUAAAAGUUGCAUUUUCAGAAAUUUUUUGCAUAAACUGCGCUAUUUUUUGAGCUACCAUAAUUUUUCUUCCUUUUUGCCUGUUACUAAAGUCUCUGCUAAAGAUAAUUUGAAAUUAUUAAUAAAUGUAUUUUUUUAGAAUAAUACCCCCAAAGCUGGCAAGAAGUGGAUCUCUUGUGAUAUUCAAGCCAAAUUUAAGCAUUAAGGCCCUCCAUUUAAAAAUAUGUCAGAUAGCUCAAUAUAUGCACCAACAUCUUAGCUUGUGAUUUAGAAAUUUUCAUUCAAUUAAAUUUUGUCUGAAGCGAGAAAACAGUUUACAGGGACUCUAGUAACAGGCAAAAAGGGAGAAAAAUUAUGGUGGCUAAAAGAAUAAUGCAGUUUAUGCAAAAAAGUUUUGAAAAUGCAACUUUUAUUGCUUUUUUACUGGGCCAAAUAAACAUGAAAAAUUCUAAAAUGCACUCAAUUAUAACAUAUACAAAAGAAGGAUGCCAAUAUAAUGCGCUAAAAUAAAAUGUGUUAUUGCACCUAGUUUCAGUCCUGAAUAAAAAAAAUUUACCUCCAACCAACUUUUGCACCUUUGCGGAAAUUUCAAAAAAGGGCUUACGUGAUCAAAAAAUUAUUUUCUAGAAAAUCAAUGAUGGUCACUUUUGGGUCUGGGACGUUUCGCGUGGAAUGACCCUACUGUGUACCCGUGGUUCUUAAACAUUUACCUUUUGUGGAAGAACUUGAUGCACUCCAAGUCAUUCAUGGUCUUACCAACUUUAGUAUGGCAUUUCGCCUGGUUGUAUGAUUGCAGGCUGUAAAAACCUUGAGUUGAAGGGGGAACCAAAAUGAAUUACUUCGUUACAACCAUUACCCUAUUAUAAUAAUUUGCCUUCACAGCCAUCAUUGCCUGCUAAAUGGGAGAGGGGGGGGGCAGUUUCUUUUGGUUAAGCCAACGCAAAUGCAGCAGCCAAUCAUGGACGGUGAAAAAUUGAAAAAAAGAGCACACAUGUUUAAAUUAUUCUUCCAAUGAAGCCAAUAGUCCUUUAUCGAAUAUCCACCUCUCACUUUAGUGAAGUGCUUCGAAAAUGAAAGGAUCUUUUUCAGCGUUGAUUGACCGGAAGCCCCUCCGUACACGUUGCCACUGACCAAAUUAACCACUGCCAACCUACCCUUCUCCGCACUCUUCCUUAUCCCCUCAGCUUCUGUCAUCAAGCGGAAUUUUCGUAGUCUCAUCUUGUUCCUAGCAAAAUCUAUCUUAUCUGCCAUUUGCUACAAUUGUGUCAAAGUGCGAGCAUGCAUCAUCAGUGAAAACAGAAACUUCAGAAGCAGGAAUUAUGGAAGUUGAACUGUUGCAAUGGCCAAAUUGGAAAAUGGUGACGUUCAUCAAAGGUUGGCACUACUUAGUAAAAAGAAUGGUGACUCCUGGAUGGAAGGCUUUAGAUUACUAGCAAUAUGCUUGCAUUAGAUAAUGAAAAGAUGAAACUGAAGAAAUGUGCUGAAUUACAUUAAACGUAAUCUAAAAUUGAGGAAAAAUAGCCAUCCAAUGACAAAUAUAAUCUAAAAUUGAGGAAAAAUAGCCAUCCAAUGACAAAUACUGUGGUUGUGGGUUAUGCUUCCUUCUAGUGCUAUUAGCUAAAUGAGGAAAAUUGAUGUCAGUUUGCAUUUUGCUUCCACUCCCCAUAUUCAUGUGUAUAACUCACUCAUGCAUCUAGCCUGUACUCCCAGUUGCAGCCUUCAGAGAAUGGUUAAAGGACACCCUCAAGUAAAACUUGUGCCAAUAACUGCAUGCAAUCGCACAAAGCUCUUUCUAUGAAAAAAGAACUUGGCACAAUUUAAGGCAAAAUACAUAGCUCCAGAAACAAUUUUGUUUUGUGCCAUUAGAGUUUGGCAUGUGCGUGACAGCAGCAUUGCUGUGCGUUGCUGUUAAGCUGGCCCUUGAGCAAAAUUUGUGCACAUCCACGCCCCAAUGUUGUACUUAAGCAUCUUGAACCUUUGGUGCAGGUUAUACAAGUGCAAAUACAGCGUGUUCUUAUCUGUGGUGUACUGUGGAGUAACUGCCUCAUACUAUGGCUGUGUUCCAGUACUUGCCGUAGACGGCAAAGUAGAUGGCCAAGCGGACAGAAGCCAUCUUAAGUCUGGUUACAAUACUCACGAAGACGUCAAAGUAGACAGCUUAGCGAAGACAGCAUCAAAGUCAAAGACGAUGCAGGCUACUUUUCUGUCCAAACAAGAUGGCGGCUGAGCAGGACACUUGGAAAGCGACGGGAAGGUUUUCUGCGCACAAGAAAAUGUAUACAUGCUAUCCUACACCCUUAAUACAAGCUACGUCAUGUUUUUCAUAAUGGUAGACGCAAAAGCUUAAAAUACAUAAAUGUGCGCUUUUCUGAACUUUUUCCUGUGGCCGUGAGGUGGCAUCAUGUUACAGAAUCGUCUUUCAUACGUUUUCCAGACGGCUCGAAGUGCUUUCCAUUACAUGGCCUCGAAGCUGUCUCAGCUGUCUCCUUAGCUGUCUACGUAGACUGUCUCUGAUGCUGGCCAGAAUUGGAACGCAACCUAUGUCUUUAAGAGCAGAGGCACUUAACACAGCAUUGUAGCAAAGAUGCAUAACUGUACCUCUUAAGAGUUACCUCUUAACUUAAAGAGGUCUCUCUAACUGUUUAUAGUGAGAUUAAAUUUUUUUUUUUCAUUCUGUGGCAUUGAGGCAACAAUAUUGCACGAACACUAUUGCAAUCUCCCUAUAGCUUAUUUUAAUGGUUUAUAUGCCCAGUGUGUACUUGUUACGCGUAGAAAUGUAGCAUUUAUAUUGAUGACAUUGUGUCAUUUUUGUUAUGGCUACACUGGAAUUUAAACACAGUGGCUAUUUCGUUGUUGUGGUAGCCUAGUCUUCACCACAUUUCACCAUUAAUGGUGAAAUUUCAGUAUUCAGAAACCACCACUGUUUGAACAUUUUCGAUUGUACAUCAUGGGGGGUUUGUUUCAUAGCAGACCUUUCUUUUCUAUUAAGUUUUCUACAUUUAUUGCAUGUGUGUGUGUGCAUUGUGACAUACAAUCACAAAUUGCUCUCUUGCAUCAGUCAUUUUAUUAUAAAUUUGUAUUGACAUUGGUCGAUAUGGGGCAUCUGAAGAAUGGUGUUUUGCAUGUUUGUACAUGUGAUCUCUGCUAAAAUGUCUAUACACAAACUGACUAAAACUACAGGCUCACUGUACUUACUGGUCAUGUAAAUUUGGUUGUGGUUAUUUGUAGAGGCAAACAUACUUUUGAGAAAUAUUGCCACAUUAGCCUCGAGAAGUGCCAAGUAGUUGUGCUUUGGGAGCUUUUCUGGUGACUCUGCAUGUGGAUGUGCUACCGAUAUUGCAAUUGGUAAAAUUAAAGGGAAGCUUUGUGCAGAAAAUGGAAGGUGUUAAAUGAUACUAGUAUUGUAGAAACUUUCUUUUAACAGCCAUUUCUUUUAGCACAAUACUGAGGCAUGUUCUGUUAUUCAGUUUCUGCACUGAAAACGGCUAGGCUUACGUGCAAGCAUUUACACUUGUGCGCUGUGGGCAUGUGCAAUGAACCCUUGGUGGGGAUGCUCAGCUUAACUUAGGCUGUGUAAAUUUCUUUAUUUGUUUGUCGCUGUAGAUACUAAAUGAAUUCUUUAUUCUCACCUAGCAUUCCAAGCAAAGCUUAAGAGUUACGACCAUGAAAUUGAUGCCCUUAAAGUCUUGCCAGCUUACGGUUGAGCCAACAAAAAUGAUGGAAGAAGCACUUGUUAAAUGCACAUUUCGGGAGUGAGCUUUGAGAGAAGCUUGUUAUUGCUGUCAAGGCUUCUUUGCCAUGGCAAUUUGGGAGCACUGAUGUGGUUUGUACAAAAGCAAGGACAGGUGUGUGAAGCAGGCAGGCAGUGUGUUGGUCACUGCACCAUAGCGUUAGUGUAGUUCCAUCUAGGAAGUUUUGCAUUUGAGUGAGUUGCUUGAUGGCAAGUGAUGGGUAGCAGCAUUCAGAGCUUGAAGAAAGAGGCAAUGUUGUCACAUUCAGCCAGCAGGAGUAUAAAUGCAUUUGUUGGAGGACUUGGAUGCUUGGUCAGAGGAGUCCCUCUGACCAAGUCCCUCAGAGGAGUGUUUGGGAUGAGGUCCUUGCUUUCCAUGUGUCAUUCUCUUGUGCUCCGUUCCCAAGAUUUUCCGCUUGAGGCACUCGUGCGCAGGUUCUUGUUAGCAGGGGCUUGCGCAUGCAUCUUUUCAUUUUCAAUGAUGGAGGGCAACAUGCACACUGUCACAGGGACCGAACAUACCUCUUCCUUUCUGCACCUAUCUCUCCUGCUGUUCAUGAGAAAGGAGGAGGAAUGAUGAACGAUGACAUGUGUUUUUUGCUGUACAGUUUCACUAGGUUUUUUUUUCUAUACUUCUCUUUCUAUCUCUGUAUUUCGCCCUCCCUCCUUGAUAGUGUCAUUUCUCGGUGCAGAAUUUUGUGUGGGGAAUGUUUCAGAACCAUGGGUCACCGCAUUCCCUAUUGUCUCAUUAUCAGGCGUUUUUGUAGUGAACUUGUGGCCAUUCGCAGAAAAUGCGUGCCCACCAUGUUGUGGCUAAGGCUCAGUUGAAGAGGCUUCUCCUGCAGGCUUGAUUUAUGAGAACUGCUUGUCAGGCAGCAGUGGUGUUGGGAGAAUAUUGUUAAAGGUACGAAAAUGUAAUGAACUUUUCAGACAGUAACAAUACAGGCUUUAAAGCUUGAAUCACUGUGACGCAUGUGAGACUGGAAGGAUGGAGAUUAUGGGCAGGAAAAUACAGAAUUGGCGUACGGUUAUUGCUACAUUUCGGUAACCAUUCAUGCUUUUCUGCUUGUGUGAGUGGGCAAAGUGUUGCUGGUAUAAUUUGAGGCAUGUUUUAGCAACCAAAAAUGCGCUGUACUUGGUAUUGGGGUGACCACAAUCGCAACCCAGCUAGCUGUCUAAAGUACUGCAUCUCGUUGUGUUGCUGUCUUGCCUGGCAGCAUUCUUAAGCGUGCUGUGGGCAUUGAUGCAGGAGGAGCCUGUGCAUGCUGCAGCCAAGCAACAGCCACAUGUUUUUGUAUAAUACUGUACAGCAUAAACAGGAGCCCGCACUUUUCUUGCGGAAACAAACUGCCAUACUGCUCCCCCCUCUGACUUGGUGUAGCAGAUCUGACACCAGAAAACGGAUUUGAGUGCCGUGUGUGAAAGCAAUCAACUUGUAAAAAGUUUUGUUUGUUCUAAUGUUUUCCCCCCUCCCCCUUUUUUAAUAUCUCGCCUUUUUCUCUUGGUUCUUGUGACCACUCGCCCAUACUUUUGCGAGUGUUCAGCACGCAAUGUCUUGUUCGUUGACGUUUGUUGACAUAUAACGGCUGCCCGUUCUUUCACCCACCCCUCUGCCGUCGUUUCGUGACCCUCCCGGGACGCUGCGUGUGAAUGGCACCGCCUAGACCACAUACGUGGUCGCCGUUCAAAGAGCGCGUCGCUGCACCCUUUGUUCGGGAUUUGUUAGCGUCUUCUUGCCAAGUUGUCUGCUCAAGAUAUUAUGUUGUUCGUGUUCGUAAUGGUUUUAUCAUUUGUACAGUGAAUCAUUAUCAAUGAAGAAAAGUUACAAAGUUUU